GGUUUGUGUCGGUACUGUUUACGUCAGGUGAGAGAGAUCGACACCAGACAAACGGAGCGGGCCGCACGUGCGUUUCUGUUGUUUGAGCCACGGUGACCAGGACCGUCCUUGUUUGUCAACAAGUGGAUUUUAUUUUAUUUUAUUUAUUACAAACAUGUCUCCGGCCGCUACCUUCCACGCGCAGCUCGCCUCCAUCAUGGAGGUGCUGGCCAACACGGCGGUGGCGGAGAUCUGCGAGCUCGUGGACAGCGGAUACUCGGUGCUGCAGCUCGAGAUCUCGCGGAGCCGCAAAGAGAACGAGGUGCUGCGGAGGAAGCUGCGGCUCACGGAGCUCAGAGCCGCGCGGGCGAACGCCCCGCGAGCCGCGGUCACCGCUGCCGGAAGCGGCGGAGGCGGAAACGCGCUGCUGCUCGCGAGCGGCCGAGCUCGCGCUCAGCUGCUUGCUCAUCACCCGGGCAACGGGCCAAGGAGAAGCGGAACACCGGGAGGCGAGGCGGUGCGCUCCAGAGUGUCCCACCAGGAGACCCAGAUCCGGAGCAGAGACCCAGACCCGUCUUCAGACUCUGGACAAGAUGCCCCACCGGGGACGCUCGCUGCAGCUGAGUCGACCAAAGUGACGGCCGCGGUGAUCAAAGUGGAGGACGACGAGGAGUCCUGGUCCCAACCUGAGCAGGAGAAAGAGUUUUGCCUUGUCGUUGACGGACAGGCACCGGAGACAGAAGCCCCGCCCCCGCUGACCAAACAGGAAGUGGCGGACGAAGGCGGCGGUUCGUCUCGGUCCUGGACGAACGGGGAGGUCGGCUCCGCCUCCAUGUCCAUCCAAACAACCCUCAGCGCCGGCCAGAGGUCAGAAACCAGCAGCUACGACUGCCUGAUGUAUGAGCCUCAGCUCCAACACGCCGCCCUCAGUACCCAGAAUCCUUUGAGUGAGGAUCCCGGCUGCUCCUACGCGUUGGACACCGGUGCGAGUGCCUCCGCUGCAUCUGACGUGGUCAGCGGCGGCGACUUCACUUUCACCGUCACUGAGGUGGUGAGUCUAUCUGCGGCGGAGCACCAGCAGCCUGCAGGUCUACACGGCAGCCAGCAGAGGGCGGCGCCGCCACCGCCUGCGGAGAAACCUCGGCUUCCUGCGAGGAAGGAGAUGCCGGAGAGACUCCAUGCUUUCAUGAGAAGGGACAGGUGGAGACCUCAGGACGACGACGGCGGCGGGAAGACGUUCAGCUGCACCUUCUGCGGUAAGACUCUGGCCUGCCUGAAGAACCUGAAGACCCACAUGAGGGUCCACACGGGCGAGAAGCCGUUCGUCUGCUCGCUCUGCGGCAAACGCUUCUCCGACUCCAGCAACCUGAAGCGCCACCAGAGCGUCCACACCGGCGAGAAGCGCUACGGCUGCGUCCACUGCGGGAAGCGCUUCGCCCAGUCGGGGUCCCUGAAGGUCCACAUGACGGUCCACACGGACUGCAAACAGUUCAGGUGCGCCUACUGCGGCAAAACCUUCAUCUCCGGCAGCCACCUGCGGCGCCACGUCACCGUGCACGGCGGGGAGAAACGGUUCACGCCGACGUUUCAGUGACGAGAGGCGGGGAUUAUGGGAACGUGGCAGCGAUGCAACGGACCGUAGAACUCACGGUUCAGAGUCACAGAUCAGCACAAAAGACGAGAGAGGGAGCCGAUCUAACUUAUUGAUCUCUGAUCACGUUUGUUUGCCGUCGAUACCGAUGAGACUACAUCAGAAUAUGAGCAGUUUUCAGCUCUUCCUCUGAAACACGACUUCACUGUGUGUCACCUCACGUCUGGGUCAUCGACUGCCAUGUCAGCUGUUUUUACAUUUUUUAAAGAUUUGAUCAUUUCCACAUUUGCGUGUAAAUGUGUCACUAAAGUACAAUAUCAACCAAAGUGUUGUGGAGUUUUUAAGAGCUUUAUUAAUUAAUAAUAAUACUGGUCGGGGCAAAUACUGAAGCGGUAGUCGGCUGUGUUUCUGGACUUAACGGGAGCCUGAAGGGAACGUGUACAACACAACACACACUUGUUCAUCACAUGUGGCAGGAGACGUUUCUUUCUAAAUCUGUUUGAGGGGAAACAAACCAGCGGGGUUUGGUUUUUGGGCCCCUCUGGCCCUCACCUACCAGGAAGAGACUCAAAAUCACCAAAAAGAAUGAUUAAAUGAGUACAAAGAGACAGAAACAGCUGCAGAAAGACUCACAACAACUAAGAAAAGUGGCAAAACAACCACUGAGACACAACAGUACUACAGGACAACUACAGAGAGACGCACGAUACUACAAGAGAAGGGCAACACAACCACGGACAGUAAAUAACUAAACAACUACAAAGAGACACAAAGCAGGCGUCUUGUCCUGUGUAGGAGAGCUGUAGUCUGUCCAGAGGACGGCUGUCUCAUAAUCCUCCACGUCUCUCCGUCACUUCCUCUUUGCUAAUACAGUUUGUCAUGUGACUUCAUUCUGUCCUUCAAUAACUCUGCAGGUUCACCUCCGCUGCCUCAUGAAAGCAGUAAAAGUUUAAAGUUUGAUAUUUAACUCACACAGACUUUGGUUUCUCUUGCUCUUCAUCUAACAUGUUGUUUCGUGUGCUGAGAACAUUUGCUCAGCUCAUCAGCUGUCUGCAGGUGAGCCAACGCUCAGCAGGUGUUAACUGAGGACUUCCUGUCCUCCACGUCAGUGGGCGGAGUCUUAAAGACCUGCAGAUCUGCUCUGCGUUGUUUUCUUAAGAUGUGCAUGUUUGAUGUCAGUCGAUCAGCAGCCGUUCCCUCCGUUGUUUAAACAUUGAGAUGAAACACGACGUCAUGUUUACAUCUUCAGAUUGACGGGUUUUUUGUGUCUUCGUCAUUUUGUAAUGAAAAUCAUCUUCAUCUGAACAGUGUGCAGGAAAGAUGCUUUUAUUCAUCGUCACCAUUUUAAUCUUUUGAUAAAUGUAUUUAUUCAUUUUACAGGAACAAUGAAAAUCUGUUUACACAUAAAACAAGUGAUUAAAAAUAAUAAUUAAAAAAAUGAAUUCACUAUCGUGUCCUCGAAGUUGUUUGUGGUCCUUUUGUUGU